AUGUUUAGAUUAAAGGAGCUUCAAAAGAAGCAACAACAAGCAGCCGCAGCAGCAGCCGCUUCCAAUACCACCAAUGGUACUGAUGCUCCAGCUACUACUACUACAGCAGCUUCAAACACCACCGAACCAACUGAAGUAAAGAGACAAAACUCAAACGAUCUCAAGGAAAUCAGAAAGCAAAAGUCUAAAGAAAGCUAUUUCUCUCUUAAAUCAAAACAAUCAUCUGAAGCUUCAUCAAACAAGAGAGCUAACCCUGCCGAAUUGAGAGCUCAAAAAGAUAUUGAUGAAAUGGAACUCCCAAUAGGAUGUAAAGUUCACUUUAAAGAUUCAGAUGAUAUCCUCAACUUCCAAUUAGAUAUUAUUCCAAGUGAUGGUCUCUACCAAGGAGCUACAUUCAAAUUUUCAAUUAAUAUUCCAAAUACUUACCCAUACGAUCCACCAAAGGUUCACUGUGAUACCUUGGUUUACCAUCCAAACAUUGAUCUUCAAGGUCACGUUUGUUUGAAUAUUUUGAGACAAGAUUGGAUGCCAGUACUCAACAUUGGAACUGUUAUCUUUGGUAUGAUGACACUAUUUUUAGAACCAAAUCCAGAAGAUCCAUUAAAUAUUGAGGCUGCACAAUUGAUGAUGGAUAAUCGUAAGAACUUUGAAGCCAAUGUAAAACAAUCACUUCGUGGAGGAUAUAUCGCAAAUCGUCAAUUCCCCAAACUCUUGUAA